CGUAAACCGUGCCACCAGCAGCGAAUCUCAUUAGCACCUAGAGGCGUCCUGGCUUAGACGGUAGAGAACCACGCCCACUGGCCGCCGUUAUUGGCCGCCCGCGGUCGCCCCUCCUACUUUUGUUGGGGCGCACUCAGGCGCCGAUCUUCUAUUGUGUUGGUGUGGUUGUGUCGAGCCCGUUCCGCCUCUACCGAUAAUAUCUCGCAUUGUGUGAAUUUUUUCUUAUUUUCUACAUCAUAGCAUCAUCUGCAAUGAUGAGCAUGAUGGAGCACGAACUUAAGCAGCAGAUGACCGACUACAAUCAAAUAUGGAGCGGUGUGGGAGGAUUUCAUCUUCCACCCACUUCCUCUAGUCAGCUCAUGGCCCAGGCAAUGCCCGAUGAUCUCUCUCCCGGUCCUGACUCGCCGGACUCAGCGAAGGACAGCAAGAAAAAUGACGACAGAGUAAAGCGUCCGAUGAAUGCUUUCAUGGUCUGGAGCCGAAGUAAACGCAGACUUAUGGCUCAAGAAAACCCAAAAAUGCACAAUUCCGAGAUAAGCAAAAGGCUUGGAGCCGAAUGGAAAUGCUUGAGUGACAAUGAGAAAAGACCGUUUAUUGACGAGGCUAAGCGACUGCGCUCCAUCCACAUGAAGGAGCACCCUGACUACAAAUAUCGCCCAAGAAGAAAAACUAAAGCUCUCCAGAAGAAACCGCUGCCCAUGGGUGCUUUUUCAGCACUGGACUCACUGAAACCACAGGUGUACAACUCGGUGUCCUCGUGGAACGGCAGCAACGGCUACGCGUUCGACCCGUCGUACGGGCUGUACCCGCGGACCGGCUACGAGAUGCUCAACCAGCUGCCCUACCUGGAGAGCAGCCCGUCGCAGUACAACCAGUCGCCGCUCGGCAGCACCUACCCGAUGAACUAUCUCACGCCUGCCCCGGUGGUCAAGGCGGAGGUCGAGGUGUCGCCCGAGAACUCGGAGAUCUCGCUCGACCCCGCUCAGUUCCGAGCCUUCUACGACCCUUCUAAAGAUCCUAUGACUUCGAUGUACUCUAAUCCACUGUCUUAUUCGUCUCUGGAGAGCAUGGGCCUCACGCAGCCCAUGCCCCAGCCUCAUGUCACAUCCUAGGUGAUCAACGGGUUCAAGGACGUCUUUGAUCCAGCUUCACUCGUCUCUCUGGGUUACUUGUUUCAUUAACAUAUUAUUAGAUUAUUAGGUUAGGGUGAAUGAAGAUGGUCCAUGUAAAGAGCUCGCUCACUGUGCCACUGCUAGCGUUUGCAUCGAACCCUAGCUGAAAGAAAACUCAAUUGCCUCACAACGUAUAUUUAUUGUGUAUGUGAUAAAGUCUCAGUGUCAUAUCAUACCUCUUAGCUGAGUAUUUCAUAAAAGUACGCAAUGAAUGAUGAUGAUAAGCGUAAGCACAAACUGGCACAGCACAUCUAACAAUAAGGUACUUGGCUUUACUUGUGUACAGUAUGUUUGUUCUUCGAUACUUAUUACAUGGCUGUGCUAAGUUUUCUUCUUAGGACCAAUUUCGUUUUACCAUCAUUGCUCGCAGAUUCUAUGAAAAGUACUAUGUUAUAUUUCUUUCUUGUGCCGUUCAUGUUGUAUCUAGAUGGUAUUCAUCUUUUUUCUUCUUGGAAAUAUUCAGUCUAAAAUUGGUUCUAGCCUUGUUGAGUCAUCCGUUGGCAUUCAAUAAAUCGAGAGGAUUGUC